AGGAAACGGACUACCAGAAUUGAACUGUUCAGCCAUUCCGUUCCUUUUGCCCUCUUGCGUUUCGCCUCUAGUCUCUCCUCAUUAAGCACAUGAUAAAUACAGACAGGGAUGUUUCGGUUGAGACCUUCAUUUGCGUCUCUGCGUUUUGUUCCUUCUGAGAAAGCUCUCCUCUCGCAGGAGAACAGAAAUUCGCGUCUUUUCUUCUCUGGGUGGUCUUUUGUUCUUCUAGUUUUCUCCUCCUCUCUGGCUGAUAACCGGUGACCUUCUUUUUAAGAGAGCCUGGUCUUGGUUCUGGGAGUAUUGUUUUUAUGUUCUUUGUUUGUCAGAUAAGGAGCAACCAAACCAUAAUCUCAUUGCAGUGCAGACAUCUCUGUCUGCUGUCUUCUUGGUGUUCUUGGUGAGACAGAAAAGCUGAGUUGUUCUUUAGGAAUUGUGUACUAUGGGUAACUGCUGGUUUAAAGGGAACCCAUACUUUAACAGGGUUUCUUCCAAUGCAACAAAAUCAGAAUCACCUAAAAUGCAGAGCCCGUCUGAGAGAAAAGAAAAGGAGGACAGCCUGCUGCCAUCGAACCCAAAAGAGGUGGAAGAACUGAGAAAGGAGUCGGCUCGAAACCCUCUCAUAGCAUUCACAUUUGAGGAGCUCAAGAGAAUAACCAAAAAUUUCAGGCAGGAUUCAUUGCUAGGGGGAGGUGGAUUUGGUAGAGUUUACAAAGGAUAUAUCACUAAUGAUCUUCGCGAAGGAUUAACAAUCGAGGAACCAUUGCGAGUUGCUGUGAAGGUCCAUGAUGGAGAUAAUAGCUACCAGGGACAUAGAGAGUGGCUGGCUGAGGUCAUAUUUCUUGGGCAUCUCUCUCACCCAAAUUUGGUGAAGUUGAUUGGAUAUUGUUGCGAAGAUGACCACAGAGUGCUCGUUUAUGAGUUCAUGCCCCUGGGAAGUGUGGAAUCACACCUAUUUUCAAGGGUAAUGGUGCCACUUCCAUGGUGCACCAGAAUGAAAAUUGCACUCGGUGCAGCAAAAGGACUUGCUUUUCUGCAUGAAGCCGAGAAGCCAGUCAUUUAUCGGGAUUUCAAGACAUCGAAUAUAUUACUUGAUGAGGAAUACAAUGCAAAGCUCUCUGACUUUGGGCUCGCAAAAGAUGGACCAGUUGGCGACAAAUCACAUGUUUCAACUCGAAUCAUGGGCACCUACGGUUAUGCAGCCCCAGAGUACAUCAUGACAGGGCAUCUGACGGCGAUGAGCGACGUGUACAGCUACGGAGUCGUGCUCCUGGAGCUCCUGACGGGGCGUAAAUCGCUGGACAAGUCCAGGCCGGUGAGGGAGCAGACGCUGGCAGACUGGGCACUCCCGGUGCUGACGCAGAAGAAGAAGGUGCUGGGCAUAGUGGACCCCAGGCUCGCCGACGACUACCCGGUGAAGGCGGUUCAGAAGACGGCGAUGCUGGCCUACCACUGCCUCAGCCGCAACCCCAAGGCCAGGCCCCUGAUGCGCGACAUUGUUGCCACCUUGGAGCCUCUCCAGCAGCCGGAGGAGGACGAGAGCUCCGGUUUCAGUUUGGUCAGUGGCACUGGCACCUGAACUGAAGUGUGUGUGUUGUGGGCUUGCAUCUUCUUGUGCAGAGAAACAAAGAUGCCAUGUACUUAACUACAUAAUGUCACCAUGGGUUUGGCUACUGUAGCUAAAUUGGGUGCUUGAUCUGUAGAUAGUAGCUAAUGGAGUUGUUCUGUAUAUGUGAUAUGGUGUCAUUUUAGGUUUGUGUUUGUGUAUCUGGUGUUUGAUACGGGAAGUGGCCUUUUACGC